CUGGGACAGAGGGCACUGGACUUUCUCAUGGAAAAGACGAAAAUUACAGCCCCAGUAAAAAUCACAAAGGAGGUUAUUAAGGGGCAGGAGGGAAAGGAGGAGGAAGUCGACGUUUGGGAGUACCCGGAGCAAGAUCUGCAGACGCUACAUGAACUCUACGAAAGGCACGCGGUACUCUUCAAUUUCUCGGGCAAAAAUCGUGAGCUGUCGCUGAAUGAAAAAAGAAAGUGGGUGAUGGAGAGACUAAGGGGGCUGGAGAGCAUUCCAGGCAUUGAGCCAGAAGUUUCAUAUCACAAGCGCGGAAGAUUCACGGUCAUGAUAGAAAGUGUGGACCCGGCUUACGCCCAAUACCUGCGGUCAUUGGGCUCCCUCAGGUGUCAUGGUUCGGUGGUGACGAUCCAAGCAUGGAAACCGCCCCAACCGCCACCAGCGGAGGCUUCAAGGCACAGGCAGUCGAUGAUGAGGGAUAACUACUGGGUGCAGUUUGACAACCUCUCGGAAGGAAUGCACAGCUUCGUGCAGCAGCGCCUGAAGGAAGAGUACCCAAACAAUCCCAUCAUAGAAUGGCUCCCGGCAAAUCCCGACUUCCUUGCUCCAAACCAUGACUCCAGGGUGGCUUGCCUUGAAGUCAAAUCAGGGGCACCACCGAAACUUCCCGAGGUGUGGAUCUUCAAAAGAAGAACGGAGCGCAUCACGGUAUUUAUUUCCUCUAAAUCCAAUCCGUUCUGCUUCAAAUGCAGAGCAAGGGGACACUUGGGAAUGCACUGCCCACAAUCGGGUACUGGUUCGGGUGCGGGUUCGGGGGGGAGACAGCCACAACUGAAACAAUCAAUGUUGGUCGAAGCGGAUAACAAGCCAGGAGUUUGGUACAUAAACUCCGCACAUUACAGAGGCUGGAUCUUCGAUGAUAAUCUGGAGACACCAAGAUGGAUAUGGGUUCUCAGCAGUACUCCCACUUUGAAACCAGACAUCUAUCCACCUUACGACAGCCGCUGGAGACAAGCAGGGGCAAAGCGCAUGGAGGACAAAGAUGUAGGCUACAUCCACAAGCCGAUGAUAGACGAGGACACAAUACUGGACGAUAAACAGCGGUUGCAGACCAUGGCCGAAUUGCACAAGCUGGGACAAGAGGCCGAAAUGGCCUUUUUGGAGAACAAAAGAGCGAGGGAGGAGGCUGAGAGAAAUCAGCGGAAGGGAGAAAAGGGAAAGGGGAAGAAGAAGAAGGAUUCAAAGAGAACACACACGGGUAGCAGGGAGGAGGAAGCCGCAGCCUCGCAAGGCCAAGACCAGAGUUCGGGUAUGGGAGAGGCGGGGCUAGGGGGGGCCAAAGUCCAGAGCGAGGGGAUGAACAUAACACCAUCUGGGGCAGGAGAUUCUUCAUCUUCUUCAUCGGACCGGCACACGAGACCAGGCACCCCAUCAGGGGGUAGCAGCCCAUCAAUCAGUACGCGGAGGGAUAGUGGGGGAAAUAUAAUGGAAGACCCGCUGGAUGAUUCAAAAGGGGGAAAGGAUAGUGAAGAAGAGGACAGAAUGUCGCAGGACUCGGGAGGGGACUCGGAGGAAGAUACUGAAGAGGAGGAAUGGGAAGACGCGGAGGAGGAGGAGGAACCGGAAACGCUGGCUCAAUGGAUCAGAACAGUGCAUAAGCUGAAGUGGGAAAGGCACAUCGAAUGUGAAGUACGGCUGGCACAUCAUAAGCACCUACGCAAUCUGAAGCAGGCUACUUCAGCGGGUGAUGAUAUUACCUCGACGAACAGAUUUGAAUGGUUGAGGAAAGAGCAGGAGGUCAAUGAGUUCUACGCAGCUCAGUAUGCUUGGAAGGCCAGCCCAAGCAAUAAUGACAUUUCGGUGCACAACGGGAACUACGCCAAGCAGUUCAUAUGGCCCAAAACGUACCAACCACAAGGGCUGAAAAGGUUAGAGCAGAAAAGGAAAGCCCAGCAGGAGGCAGAGGACAAGGCGAGCAGCGGGACCCAGGGAGCAGAAAGCCCAGCACGGGGGGUGGAGGAGAAGGAGCACAUUGAGGAAGAGAAGAGACAGGCAACGAUCCUGGAGGCACAAAUCAACGUCCUCAAGGAUCAAAACAGGGAAUUGGAGGCGGAUACCAUUAAUCUGCUAAAGAUAGCCUGCUCUCCGCAGGGAGACAUAAAUGCAGCAGCCAAGCUCUUCGCAAGACACAACCCGGGGAGGAGAAUCAUCAUACCUUACCGCUGGAACAGCGGCAACUUGGACUGGGAGGUGGCCAUCCACAAGACCUUGGCUCUAAUCUCAGCAAAGGACAGUCACUGCGCGCAGGAUAAGCUUAAGGAACAGAUCUCAGAGGAUCUCCCCGACAGGGCUCAGAUGGUGGGGAGCCUCUCCCAAGAUCGGGAGGAGUGGGAGGACUCGGCGGGUGGUAAGCAAACAGUGGACUACAGGCCUAUACUACUCAGAUUGCAAGAGAAGGCCAAGCUGGCAGAGGGAAUGAUAUGGAUGCCUUGGCAGGUGGUGGAGGCAAUACCGUACGGGCUUUUGGGAGGAACGGAGGCAGCGGAAUGGGUGGCUAGAGGGGCAGCGAUUCUCUCCAAGGCGGAUGUCUUCUCAUGGAAGCCAGAGUAUAUAGACACCAAGAUAGCACCCUUGGUGACUGAAUUAGAAUGGUCACAAGCGGGCUCGUGAGGAAGUGCUCGUUAGUGAACCAGAUCCAGGGAACAUAAUAAAUGGCAGGGGAUCAG